GGCUGAAAUUCGAGCGCGGGCUGUGGCUUGAAGGUGCUCCCUUGAUGGCGUGCAACGAGCGUAAGGACGCGCCCCUCGGGUGGACAAUUCGACAUGCUCGUCUGUGCGAGCGAGGGCCAGCGCAGUCGUCGUCGGCGACUCGUGCGCGAUGGCGAUGGAGAUGCGGCUUGUGUUGGCCAGAGCGCAAUGCCUCGAAGCACGAUGGCUUGGCGGAGCACAAUGUGGGCAGAUUCGGUGGAGAAGAAUGCGAGCGGCGUAGGUGACCUCGCGGGAAGAGGGAUGUAGGUUUGUGCGAUUGGGUCAAGACGACGUCAGGAUUCACGAUGCCGUUCUUUAGGUCGAGAAAGCGCGAGGAUGGGACGUUCGAGAAGAACAUGAUUCUGAAAAAGAUUUACAAGGAUUUCGGAGGUCUGGGCAUAUCGUACGGGAAUCCGUGCGGCCGGACUUAUUCGAGGAGUUACUUUCCUCUCGAUGUGGUGCAGAGUAAGAAGUCUUCGACUCCGCUGAGUCCCCCAAGAACAGCGGAUUCGACGAACAAGUAUGAACCUUACCGACCCAAAGGAACGCCGCGCUAUUCAAAGAUCGAUAAUUUCAUCGAUAACUUGAAUGAAGCUUGUGCCGCUUUAUCUAAACCCAUGGUUGAGGAAUUUGGGCGCGUUCGUCCGCAGACUCUGCAGUCCCAACCGAAGCGAGGGGUGAGCCUGAUGGAGAAGGUAGAGGAGAUUGAGCCCGAGCGCACCGAGGUAAAAAAAAAUGCUCCAGUUGAAGAAGUGAAGCGUGAUGAACAAUGUUCAUCUCCCAACGAAGACACUGAGCGUUCGAGCCCCAUGGAAUCUGGAUGCAUUCCGGUACUGAAACUUUCACAAAUAAGCACAUGGACGCCUCCUAAAAUGCCAUUGGGACCUUGGGGCAAAGCUCGUGAUGGCGGCAAAUGGAAAAGCGAGAGGAAAGUCGUCAAAUCAUGCCCAGAGGAUGACGACCGAGCUUUCGAGAAGAAGAAGAGGAUGGAGGUGGUGAAAGCUGCCACCACGUUACAGUCGAGAUACAGGGGAUACAGAGUACGUCGUUCGCAGCCUUUGAAAUACCUGCUCAUGAUUGGGAGUGCCAAGAAAAGGCUUCAAGAAUUGAAGCAGCAGUUCAAUGCAUGGAAGAUCGCUGUGUGGUUUCCCACCGAUCACUCCGAGAGACUCGCCAUGACGGAAAACGUGAUGAAUUUACUCAUCAAACUUGACUCUAUUCAGACUGUUCCCUUGUAUAUCCGAGAAUUUCGAAAGACCGUGGCACGAGAUGUUAUUAAAUUUCAGAACGAAGUAGAUGCCUUUCUUGACCACAACAGCAAACACGGCGCUUUAUUUGAUUUUGCGGGGAAUGAAAUUCACGCACGCAUGCAGCGUCCGAAAUCUAGAACUCAAACGAGGACAAGCAGUGGCAAAGCAAAAUAUAGUUCUUAUGGCAACGAGCAACCCAUGAGUCCGAAAGCAACGGAGCUUAAAAGACAUCUUGCAUCAAUGGGAGAUUUCAGUGGAGCUCAGAAUUCAAAUGACUCGCUCUCUACAGCGGUAGGUGAAGUGGAAGACUCUGAAGCAGAGGGCCCGGAUCAAAUUGACCGAAUUGAGCCAGAAGCAAGUUCUGUCAUAUCUCCUGAAGCGGCGACUGCUGCUGUUGAGCUGAAAGAAAUCUCCCCCGUGUGUCCACAAGGGCCUGUUGAGCCCGAAACCGGUGCAGACGAUGGAACUAUCGAAACUGAUGAGCCCGUUAGCGUAGUAUGCCCUGAGGUUUUUGACAUUUUCAUUCCCCAGAGAGAAGAUUGUUCGAGGAAUGCAAUGCGGAAGAAAAAAUAUGCGGUCAGAUUUGAGGAUGCUGCCGUUGAGUGUGAGAAUAUUUGCAGCGUUCAGCCCUAUUCAGCUACAGAAGAAGAUUUGAAUUCAGAAAAUGAGGACUCACACAUUCCAGGCAGCUCUAGAAUAGAGAAUGAUGUUUUAUUCUGGAACUGCUCAGAUGACAGUGAACGAGGGGAACUGACAGAUACUGUCGUCGAGCAUCGCGACCGCAUCGACCCGAGUUUCGAGAAACCGGAAUCCCUUUCAAUGGAUGCUGGAGAUGGAGCCGAAGGAGAGAAGAGCCAAUGUGGCUCCAUUGGGCAGCUUAAUGAUCAGGUUUCAGUGGGUCCGUGUAUUACAGUACAUGUUCACAACGGUGAGCCUCUGGGCAUUGGAAGCUCUGGCGACUCGGAGAAGGUUGAUUGCCUCAACUCGGAUGAUGACGUGAGCGAGCAGAGCAGAUUAAGACAUCAGGCUCUUAUGGCUGACAUCAGAAAUGCUUCAGUUAACAGAUGCGGAGGAGUUUCUGGAGAAGCCAAUCUUAUCGCGAAAAGUCGAUUUCACAGCGAGCAGCAAUCACACCUGCGGACCACUGCUGCUGGUGGCUACGUAGGAAGACCAGGUCACAAUCACGUGACGUACGAAGGGUUUUGCAAUUCUUUGGAUACCCUCACGGAAUCGGAGUGUAGUGAGGCUCUGGAUGGCGUGGAAGAACAAGAGGGGACUCGUGACGUACCCCCCAGCAGGCAGGAGCAGAGACACCUUAAUGACUGUGACCUUGCGUUGGGGAGUCCAAGGUUUCGUACAAACUGUGCGGACUUUCAGUCCAUGCGCAUCUCCCCCAGAAACACUUUUGACGAUAGAACAUCAGAUGCAGAUGCAGAGGACAUAGAGUUGGAGAGCGACGUAGAGAUGGAUGGAGUUCCGGAAGUAGAAAAUGUGAGUUGCUGUAGUGACUGUGCUCGACCGCCAGGCCAUUACACGUUUGAGCGUUGGGGUGGUACAUGUAAAGAAGAGCUAUUACGCCUGAGGCAUGCCUGUGAAGAAUCUCCCAGAGAGGUGCAGGAGGAAUAUAUACCUACGAGCUUCCAGAUUGCAGAGAGCCUUGAUGAGGUCUGUCGGCCGAAGGAACGAUUUGAUCGUCGCGAGCUUGAUUAUUGUGCAGACUCUUACACACAGAAACUUAGAAAGCUGAAGGAAGGAGGCCGAGCCAGAACAUCGCAGAGCGACAGUCGCUGCACGUCUCAUAGACCUGAGAAACCUCUUUUGCUCCAAAAACCCUCAUCAGUUCCAGAUUCUCACGUCAAACGUAUCGGUCAUAAGAAAACCUCGGUCAUUCCUUCCACCGGAUUGGUCUGCUCAAAACAAGAUAGGACAAUAUCACCUCCGAGGAGCCGGAGUCGUUCCCCUUACAGACAGUUCCUGGACCCUGACGGGAGCAAAGGCAUGGAAGCCCAUGAUGCAGAUGAGAUCGAGGAUAGUUUACUACUAACUAAACUAGUGGACGACAACAAGAGACUGAAGGGACUCUUGAAUGACGUGAUGAACUGGAAUAAAGCCCAGGCUACAGCCAUGGUUAGCAUGACUGAGAGGAUCCAGCAUCUGGAAGGUUUGAACAUUUUGACCUGAUGAUGAACUUCAUGUGUACAGUUGUCGACUCAGCAGGUCUACAAGUUGUGUGUCCUCUAUAAAGUUGACUAUUAC